AUGGAAGUGACGAAACGCCGAAAAACUGGCCGGAAAUGCUUGUCGGAGUCUCGCCGGAAAUCGCCUCCGGCGACGAAAACGUCGCCCAAACUCGCUCAAAAUCGAGGGAUAGGCCGCUUUGGGUGUAGAAAGAGUGGGUUUGUAGUUGGUUUGGUGAAAAAAUUACCCAAAGUGGCCGAAAAAAUCGAAAAAAGGUGGGUUUUGCGCGGUUUUCUGGCGAGGGCAGAGGAUUCCGGCGAGUGGUUUUGGUUUUCUGACCACAAUGGCCGUGCAGUCCAUAUAAAUAGGCCGUGCCUAGGCUGCACGGGCAUGGGCGCACGGCCGUGCAAGGCUGGUUUUUGCCCGUGCAGCCGACACGGCCUGGCCGAGGAGAAGCGCACGACCGUGCACCUGGCACAUAUGGCCGUGCCAUCCUUACCGAGAGCUCGCACGGCCAAGGGGGAGUACCCGCACGGCCAUGCGAGGCAUUAUGGUGCCCGUGCAAGACGCACGGCCAGGCCAGGACAAGCGCACGGCCGUGCAAUAAGCGCUUUUGGCCGUGCGCUUUUGGCCGAGAGCUCGCACGACCAAGGGGGGUGCCCGCACGGCCGUGCAAGUUGUGGUCCUGGCCGUGCGACUUGUUGGAGUCCCGAAAUCAACCUGUUUUCGCUCAAAAACGACACGUAA